AUGCGGUGGCGCUGGAUCGAUCGCGACAACGCGGCGAUGCGAUACCCCACCGACUUCGCGCUCGUGAAGCUGCCGCCGUCGUCGUCGUCCGUGGACGUCAUCGCGUCGAUCGCGGGCGUGAAGGACGUCCACGCGGAGCAGAUCCUGACGCGAUCGCUCGCGCUCACGACACGACCGACCAUCGGGAUGGAGCCGCCGUGGUUCGAAGGAAGAGACGACGACGAUGAUGAUGAUGAGGAGGAGGAGGUUGAGUUUGGCUCGAACGCCACCGCGCGACGGCGGAGGCUCCAGGCGCGCGCCGCCGCCGGCGCGAGGCGUUCCGUCGCGGAGGCGCUGGACGCCGAGAAACUGUGGAAGCGGGGUCACACCGGCGAGGGCGUGAGGGUCGCCAUCUUCGACACCGGCGUGGACGCGAACCACGCGCACUUCAAGAACGUCAAGGAGCGGACGAACUGGACGCACGAGAAGACGCUGAGCGAUGGGUUAGGGCACGGGACGUUCGUCGCCGGCGUCGUCGCCGCCGCCGCCGACGCGCAGUGCCCCGGGUUCGCGCCGGAUGCGGAGAUUCACACGUUUCGAGUCUUCACGAACGACCAGGUAUCGUACACGUCGUGGUUUCUGGACGCGUUCAACUACGCCAUCGCGACGGAGAUGCACGUGUUGAACCUGAGCAUCGGCGGGCCGGAUUACCUCGACCGACCGUUCGUUGAGAAGGUUGGCGAGAUCACCGCCAACGGCAUUUUGCUCGUCAGGCGCGUUCUAAAUCGUUCCGCCAUCGGCAACGACGGACCGCUGUGGGGCACGCUGAACAACCCCGCGGAUCAGAUGGACGUCCUCGGCGUCGGCGGGAUCGACUACAACGACAAGAUCGCGUCGUUCUCGUCCAGAGGGAUGUCCACGUGGGAGCUUCCGAACGGGUACGGACGCGUCAAGCCUGACGUCGUCGCGUACGGCCGCGACGUCUCGGGGUCGAAGAUAAACGGCGGAUGUCGAAGUCUAUCCGGCACGUCGGUCGCGUCGCCAGUCGUCGCCGGCGCGGUGACGCUACUCGCGUCCGUGGUCCCGAAGGAGAGGCGAUGGGACGUGUUGAACCCGGCGUCGAUGAAGCAGGCGCUCACCGAGACCGCUUCCCAUACGAACGACCCCGUCCUCGGCGCCGGAAAGAUCGACUUGGAAAACGCCGGACGCAUCCUCUCGUCGUACCCGACGAAGGGCCGCGCGAGCUUAGUCCCCGGGACGUUAGACUUCACGGACUGCCCGUACAUGUGGCCGCACUGCACGCAGCCGCUGUAUCACGGCGCGAUGCCGUUCAUGUUCAACGCGACGAUCGUCAACGGGAUGGGCGCGGUGGGCUGGAUAGAGAAGCCGCCGACGUUCACGCGGGCGUCGGACGACGAUUUGUCCGAACAUUUGGACGUGCGAUUCGCGCACAGCGAGACGCUGUGGCCGUGGACCGGGUUCAUCGCGAUGUACGUCCGCGUCAAGGCGUCCGGGAAGGAGCUCGCGUCCCCGGGGAUCGCGCGCGGGACGAUCGCGUUCACGGUGGCGUCGCCGCCCGGCGCGGGCGAGCGCGAGGUUCGAACGAGCGACGUCGCGGUUCCCGUGACGUUUCACAUCGCGCCGACGCCGCCGCGCGAGAGACGCUUGCUGUGGUCGCAGUACCACAGCGUGAGGUACCCCCCGGGGUACGUCCCGCGGGAUAACCUGGACGCGAAGGCGGACAUAUUGGACUGGCACGGGGACCACCCGCACACGAAUUUUCACGCUACGUACGAUUGGCUGCGGAACAACGGGUACUUUCUCGAGGUGCUCGGAUCUCCGCUGACGUGCUUCGACGCGUCGCAGUACGGCGCGAUCCUCCUCGUGGACCCGGAGGAGGAAUUCUCGGAGGAAGAGAUCUCGAAGUUGACGACGGACGUGAACGAAAACGGUCUAUCCGUGGCCGUUUUCGGGGAGUGGUACAACGUCCCGAUCAUGGAGAAGAUGAAAUUUUUCGACGACAACACGCACAACACGUGGACGCCUAUCACCGGCGGCGCCAACGUCCCCGCGCUGAACGACCUCUUGAAGCCCUUCGGGUACGCGUUCGGCGACCGCGUGUUACAACAGGCGGUCGUACCAAUCGGCGGGUCGAGGUUGAACGUGCAGGCGGGCGCGAACGUCGCGCGCGCGCCCGCGGGGGCGUGGACGCACGUCGGAGACGUCUCCGAACGCGACGCGCGUCACGAGAAGCCCCGGAGGACGAACCGGAAGUCCGCGGUGGCGUCGUUCUUUCAAGUCGGCGACCCGAACGCGACCGCCAAAUCCGGACGACUCGCGCUUUUCGGCGACAGCGGGUGCCUCGACAGCUCGCACCAGGGCGCGCCGUGCCACGACUUUUUGGGCUCGAUCCUCAGAUUCUUGACCGAGAACGAUCGGUCCACCGGGCUCACGGACGCGAACACGAAGCGCGGGGAGGCGUACGCGACCCCCGCGGACGAGCCGCUGCCGUCGCGGCGCGUCGGCGUCGAUUUCGACGCGUACUCCACGACGAGGGGCGGGAAGCCGGGGAACGAGGGGUCGACGACGUGCGGCCCGAACGACCCGAUGGAGUUUUGGCCGGCGGGGGAGACGUUCGAGAGCGUCUCCGCGUGGUCGUCGAAACGCGCGACCUCCGGGCGUUUCAGUGGGAGGACGCCGCCGGCGCGCACGGUGAAAGACGCGAGGGAUGAUUCGCCGGCGGAAGUCCCGCGGGCGCUGAUCCGCGCGGGCGGCGGCGGCGGCGGCGACGUCCGCGUCCGGGCGACGCGCGACGACGACGACGACGACGACGUCGACGCGAGCGCGCCGUUCUUCUCUUCUUCUCCCGACGCGAAGCUCGGCGUCCCGCUCGGCGCGGCGAUCGUGGCGUCGUUACUGAUGAUCGCGCGGCGGCGGCGGCGGCGCGGCAAACGCGCGGGCGACGCGCGGCGGUCCGUGCAGGGCGUCGCCGUGGGCGCGAGCGCGACCACGGAGCGCCUGCUGCGUCGCAAGAUGUGA